AUGGCCGGGUGCGUUCCGACGUAUGAGGGGAGAUAUGAUUGUGUGCGGGCUGGUGAGAAUGUAGCCAGGCCCAAACUUGAGGUCGCAUGUGUCGUAGGAGUAGCCGGCGUGUUGACAGACCCCAUACGUGGCCGGGUGCGUCCCGUCGUAUGGGGAGUUAUUGUGAUACUUGUGAGGUCACACAUGUCGUAG